UUCCCCACCCCCAAGCCCACCUCUAAGUAAUGGUGAGAAGAUGAAGAUGAAAACAGUGCGGUCUGAGUGACGGGAAAUACAGCAGUCUGUUUUAGCUGCAGUGCUAUGUAGGAGUCGUCUUCAGACUUCUUACCUUUGGUUUUUCAGCACAAACUGCUUGCAGGCUUUGGAAGGCUGUGAAAGGACUUACCAUUUCUGUGUUAGUGUUUUCUGUGUAUCAUCACAUUACCUUGCUUUUCCCUGGGCAGCUGUGUUCAGAGCUUCAUGUGGAAAUCUUUCUAUUGAAGAGAGAUAAAAAGGAUCCUUAAUCUGAUUCGCUUUGGAUCUUUCUAUUUUUAUGGUAUAAGUUUAUCUAUUCAUGGGGCUGAAAAGCGUGCACAAAUCUGUCAGAAGAGAACUGCAUCAAGCUACCCAGCGUCACAGCAUCCUCCUGUGGUUGGGCAUCUUUCACUUCCACAAGUCAGAAGGUCAAUAAAAAUGGAAGCUUCAUCUUCUGGAUCUAGUAUUUCAGCAGUCACUGGUGGAAAAGCAAAAACCCAUCAGACAGAAGGAAGAAAGGAUUUGCAGGUUAACCGGCUGGAAACGCAAAUAUGGAUAAAACCAGACAUACAGAAGACAGAUGUGGACUUUUCAGAAAUUCUUAAUGCAAUACAAGAAAUAGCUAAGGAUGUCAACAUUUUUUUUGAUGAGUUAGAAGGUGUGAACAGCCCUUCCAAGGAUGAUGACUCCCUGCUUCACCAUGGUAACUUGACCAGUACUUCUGAUGAUGCCAGCAGGCUGGAAGUUGCAGGAGAGGAAGUACGUGAUAAGAGCAAAACCAAUGGACUAUAUUUUAGAGAUGGGAAAUGUCGGAUUGACUACAUCCUGGUGUAUAGAAAAUCCAAUCCACAGACAGAAAAGAGGGAAGUAUUUGAGAGAAAUAUCAGAGCAGAAGGACUUCAAAUGGAAAAAGAGUCAUCUCUAACAAACAGUGACAUCAUCUUUGUGAAGUUGCAUGCCCCUUGGGAGGUCCUGGGCAAAUAUGCUGAACUAAUGAAUGUAAGAAUGCCUUUCAGGCCCUUUAGCCCCUUCAAUGCUGGAGCCCCGUGCAUACUUGUGCGCUGCUGUUUUUUAAAUGGACAUUUCAUUGAAAUCAAUGGGAGGUCAAGAAGAUCCAGGAGAAAAAUCUAUUACCUGCACCGCCGAUACAAGUUCAUGAAUAGGAUCGAGAAACAAAUAAGCAGGUUUCGAGGAUGGUUACCUAGAAAGCCAAUGAAACUGGACAAGGAGACACUGCCAGAUCUGGAGGAGAAUGACUGCUAUACUGCUCCAUUCAGCCAACAAAGAAUCCAUCACUUCAUCAUACACAACAAAGAUACUUUCUUCAAUAAUGCUACAAGAAGUAGAAUUGUACACCAUAUCUUACAAAGAGUGAAAUAUGAAGAAGGGAAAAACAAAAUUGGUCUGAAUCGAUUGCUCAGUAAUGGCUCCUAUGAAGCUGCAUUUCCUCUUCAUGAGGGAAGUUACAGAAGUAAGAAUUCCAUAAGAACACAUGGAGCAGAAAACCAUAGACACCUGCUCUACGAGUGCUGGGCUUCCUGGGGAGUGUGGUAUAAAUACCAACCACUGGACCUCGUGAGACGGUACUUUGGUGAGAAAAUUGGGCUGUACUUUGCCUGGUUAGGCUGGUACACGGGGAUGCUCUUCCCAGCUGCUUUCAUUGGAUUGUUUGUCUUUUUGUAUGGAGUCACCACUUUGAACCACUGCCAAGUCAGUAAAGAAGUCUGCCAAGCUACAGAUAUCAUAAUGUGUCCUAUAUGUGAUAAAUAUUGUCCCUUCAUGAGGUUGUCAGACAGCUGUGUUUAUGCCAAGGUAACCCACCUUUUUGACAAUGGAGCUACUGUCUUUUUUGCUGUUUUCAUGGCGGUGUGGGCAACUGUUUUUCUGGAGUUUUGGAAAAGAAGGCGAGCAGUGAUUGCAUAUGACUGGGACUUGAUAGACUGGGAAGAAGAAGAGGAGGAAAUACGUCCACAGUUUGAAGCCAAGUACUCCAAGAAAGAACGAAUGAACCCCAUAUCUGGGAAGCCAGAGCCUUAUCAAGCAUUUGCAGAUAAAUGCAGCAGACUCGUCGUUUCUGCAUCUGGAAUAUUUUUUAUGAUCUGUGUGGUGAUUGCUGCUGUUUUUGGCAUUGUUAUUUACCGUGUUGUGACUGUCAGCACUUUUGCUGCCUUUAAGUGGGCUUUAAUCAGGAAUAACUCUCAGGUUGCAACUACAGGGACUGCAGUGUGCAUCAACUUUUGCAUCAUCAUGCUACUGAAUGUGCUGUAUGAAAAGGUUGCUCUUUUCCUGACAAAUUUAGAGCAGCCUCGUACCGAAUCUGAGUGGGAGAACAGCUUCACUCUGAAAAUGUUUCUUUUUCAGUUUGUCAAUCUGAACAGCUCUACCUUUUAUAUAGCAUUCUUCCUUGGAAGAUUUACAGGACACCCUGGUGCCUACUUAAGGCUGAUAAACCGGUGGAGACUGGAAGAGUGCCACCCUAGUGGAUGCCUUAUUGAUCUUUGUAUGCAAAUGGGUAUUAUAAUGGUUUUAAAACAGACCUGGAAUAAUUUCAUGGAACUGGGCUACCCGCUAAUUCAAAACUGGUGGACCAGGAGAAAACUGCGACAGGAGUAUGGCACACAGAGAAAAACAAACUUCCCACAGUGGGAAAAGGACUACAAUCUGCAACCUAUGAAUGCUUACGGACUCUUUGAUGAAUACCUAGAAAUGAUUCUUCAGUUUGGGUUCACAACCAUUUUUGUGGCAGCUUUUCCACUGGCACCGCUUCUGGCCUUACUUAACAAUAUUAUUGAAAUUCGGCUUGAUGCAUACAAAUUUGUUACACAGUGGAGAAGACCUUUAGCUUCAAGAGCCAAAGAUAUAGGAAUCUGGUACGGGAUCCUGGAAGGCAUUGGAAUUCUUUCUGUUAUCACAAAUGCAUUUGUUAUAGCUGUGACAUCAGAUUUCAUCCCUCGCCUUGUUUAUGCUUACAAAUAUGGACCUUGUGCUGGCCAAGGAGAAGCUGGACAAAAGUGUAUGGUUGGCUAUGUUAAUGCCAGUUUAUCAGUAUUUCUGGUGUCUGACUUUGAAAACCGUUCAGAGCCAACAUCAAAUGGAAGUGAAUUCUCUGGUUCACCAUUAAAAUACUGCAGAUACAGGGACUACCGAGACCCUCCUCACUCCCCAGUGCCCUACGGUUACACACUGCAGUUCUGGCAUGUCUUAGCAGCGCGAUUGGCUUUCAUUAUUGUAUUUGAGCACCUUGUCUUUUGCAUAAAGCACCUGAUUUCCUACUUAAUCCCAGAUCUCCCAAAAGAUCUCAGAGAUCGGAUGAGGAGGGAAAAGUACCUGAUCCAGGAAAUGAUGUAUGAAGCUGAACUAGAACGUCUACAGAAAGAGCGGAAGGAAAGGAAGAAAAAUGGAAAAUCUUAUCACAAUGAGUGGCCAUGAUGGGGUGACCAUCCUAUAUGUUGUUUACUUAUUACAGCUCCACAAGAGCACUACCUUCAAGGGAAUGAGAAAAAAAUGCAACCUCAAUGCAUGCCACAGACAUUUUACAUAGCAAGCAGGACAGUACACAUCAAAGGAUUUACUGUGAAAUCAUCUUGCAAUCAGCAUAGGAUUGAUCUCCGUAGACCACUCUUGACAGCAAGCAUGUACUCCAUGAGCAGUUACACACCAGUUUUUAAAACCAAGGAAAUCAAAAUUGUAUAUUGGGACUGUUUUUCAGCCUGUUUGCUACGUUUUUUGCAUUCUGUCCCAUGUUGGUUUUACAGAUCUUAGAAUAAAAAAUGUAAAUUAACAACCUGGAUACUUUAACAAAAGAAAAAUCCUAGGUAUAGAACAUCAUCUGUGUUCAAGCCACCAAAUAAUACAACAGAAAUCGUGUUUACAAAUCAGUUCCUUUUUAUUUUAAAUCUUUCUGAGGGGAUUUAUGUUAUUUACCAUAUAUAUAUUAUAUAUAUAUAUAUAUAUAAAGUAUAUAGAGAUUGUUUAUUUGUAAAUAGAAAUAUCCUAUGGAGAAGAAUGUCAAGUUUUCACACUUUAAAAAAUAUCAUCAACAUAAAGCCAUGUUUAAUGCUUGUAUAAUGUGACGCAAUAAACUUUAAAAUAAAUUAUGCAUAUGAGAUAUUUGUUGUUUGACAUUCAUGAGUUAUUUUCUGGUUACCUUAUUUGUUCAGCAAGCAGACAGACCAGUCAGGUGGAAGUACAUUUAAAUGCAGACCAAAAAGGGCCAAAAUCUGUCACUACUUUCUCUCUGUGGAUCCUUUGUGUAUUCACAUAGUCCAAUAUUGUUCCUGCUGUGGUUCUAGUUCUUUUUCAAAUGUUCCUUCUUGUUUUGUCUCUUGACCCUGCUAAGAUGCUUCAUGUAAUUUGGACAGUGUGGAGUGCUCCCACUCCCAUAGAAUUAAUCAGUUUUGAGCAUCCUGCAUUUCUUGGUCAGGUGAGCUUUUAGCUGGAAGAGAUGAAGGAUCAGGGUGCAGAAGUAUGAUGGAGACACCAAGAAUUAUCUUGCUGUCUUUACACAGACAAGGCCCUGACUGAGAGUCCAACUAGCAGAGGACAGUAUAUGAUCCCAGAGAAAAUAUUAUUCAAACAAUUAAUUGCUUUAAGUAGUGAUGCCAAUUAAAACAAAGCAUAUAGAAAAAAGUAAAGCAGAAAGAAUGACUUUGUAGCUCUGCAGCAACCAUGGGAGGUUAGUUAGAAAAAAAUGGGGUAGCUACGGGAGUCAUCUGCAAGAUAUUCUCCCCCGUGAAAACUCAUUUUGAUGUUGCGAUUGUGGACCAAUAAAUAUCACCUGGCCCAAACUUUCACUUCAUACCAAAAUUAGAGUUAAAUGACUGCUCAGUGCUCAAAUAG